AUGGCCUCCAUGAGAGUCGGUUCCUCCGCCCUGCGCGCCUCGAUGGCCGCUCCCUCCACCUUGAGACAGGCUGCCCUCAAUGCCACCCGCGCCUACUCUUCCAAGAGCACUGAGACCUUCGCUGCCAAGAUCCCUGGCGAGAUUGAGAAGAUCAAGAAGCUCCGCAAGUACGUCUCACAGCUUAUGCCAAUAUCAACAACUGUCACCCUCGACCAGGUCUACGGUGGUGCCCGUGGCAUCAAGUCCCUCGUCUGGGAGGGUUCCGUCCUCGACUCUGAGGAGGGUAUCCGUUUCCGUGGCAAGACCAUCCCCGAGUGCCAGGAGCUUCUUCCCAAGGCUCCCGGUGGUCAGGAGCCCCUCCCUGAGGGUCUCUUCUGGCUCCUCCUCACCGGCGAGGUUCCCUCUGAGCAGCAGGUUCGCGACCUCUCCGCCGAGUGGGCUGCCCGCUCCGACCUCCCCAAGUUCGUUGAGGAGCUCAUCGACCGCUGCCCCAACACCCUCCACCCCAUGGCUCAGUUCUCUCUGGCCGUCACUGCUCUUGAGCACGAGUCUGCCUUCGCUAAGGCCUACGCCAAGGGCAUGAAGAAGGCCGAGUACUGGGAGCACACUUUCGAGGACUCCAUGGACCUCAUUGCCAAGCUCCCCAACAUCGCCUCGCGCAUCUACCGCAACGUCUUCAAGGACGGCAAGGUCCCUGCUACCCAGAAGGACAAGGAUUACUCAUGGAACUUGGCCAACCAGCUCGGUUUCGCCGAGAACCAGGACUUCGUUGAGCUGAUGAGACUUUACCUCACCAUCCACACUGACCACGAGGGUGGUAACGUUUCCGCCCACACCACCCACUUGGUCGGUUCCGCCCUCUCCUCUCCUUUCCUCUCGCUCGCCGCUGGUCUCAACGGUCUUGCUGGUCCCCUCCACGGUCUCGCCAAUCAGGAGGUUCUCAAGUGGCUCACCGAGAUGAAGGCUGAGGUUGGCAACGACCUUAGCGACGAGUCCAUCAAGAACUACCUCUGGUCCACUCUUAAGCAGGGCCGUGUUGUUCCCGGUUACGGCCACGCCGUCCUGAGAAAGACUGACCCCCGUUACGUCUCUCAGCGCGAGUUCGCCCAACGCAAGCUCCCCGAGGACCCCAUGUUCAAGCUUGUCUCGCAGGUCUACAAGAUCGCCCCUGGCGUUCUUACCGAGCACGGCAAGACCAAGAACCCCUACCCCAACGUUGACGCCGUAAGUACAAGCCGGACCACAAAGUCGCAAGCACAUUUAACUGACAUGAAACUUCACAGNCACUCCGGUGUCCUCCUCCAAUACUACGGUCUCACCGAGCAGAACUUCUACACUGUCCUCUUCGGUGUUUCACGUGCUCUUGGUGUCCUUCCCCAGCUCAUCAUCGACCGUGCCGUCGGUGCCCCCAUCGAGCGCCCCAAGUCCUUCUCAACCGAGNNGGCCUGGGCCAAGCUUGUCGGUGCCAAGCUUUAA